AUAACAUCCUGUGCGCUGCUGAGCUGAGCUGGGGCGCGGCCGCCUGUCUGCACCGGCAGCACCAUGUCGCUCAUGGUCGUCAGCGUGGCGUGUGUUGGGUUCUUCUUGGUCCAGAGGUCCUGUCCAUACAUGGGUGGUCAGGACAAGACCUUCCUCUCUGCCCAGCCAAGCGCUGUGGUGCCUCAGGGAGGAAACGUGACUCUUCGGUGUUACUAUCGUCGUGGGUUUAACAACUUUACCAACUUCACUCUGUACAAAGACGACAGAAGCCACAUUCCCAUCCUCCACAGCAGAAUAUUCCAGGAGAGCUUCCUCAUGGGCCCUGUGACCCCGGCACAUGCAGGGACCUACAGAUGUCGGGGUUCAUACCCGCACUCCCCCACUGAGUGGUCAGCACUCAGUGACCCCCUGGCGAUCAUGGUCACAGGAGUCCACAAAAAACCUUCCCUCCUGGCCCUCCCAGGUCCCUUGGUGAAAUCAGGAGAGACGGUCAUCCUACAAUGUUCAUCAGAUACCGUGUUUGGGCACUUCUUUCUGCACAGUGAGGUGACCUUUGAGGAGCCUUUGCACCUUUUUGGAGAGCUCCAUGGUGGGGGUUCCCAGGCCAACUAUUCCAUCAGUCCCAAGAGGUCUGACCUUCCAGGGACCUACAGAUGCUAUGGUUCUGUCACUCACUCCCCCUAUGAGUUGUCAGCUCCCAGUGACCCCCUGGACAUCGUGAUCACAGGUAAAUAUGAGAAACCUUCUCUCUCAGCCCAGCCAGGCCCCAUGGUGCAGGCAGGAGAGAACAUGACCUUGUCCUGCAGCUCCCAGACCUCGUUUGACAUGUACCAUCUAUCCAGGGAGGGGGAGGCCCGUGAACUUAGUCUCCCUGCAGUGCCAAGCGUCAACGGAACAUUCCAGGCCGACUUCCCUCUGGGCCCUGCCACCCACGGAGGAACCUACAGAUGCUUCGGUUCUUUCCAUAUCGCACCCUACGAGUGGUCAGACCCGAGUGACCCACUGCCUGUUUCUGUCACGGCCACCAUUCUACUCUCUACCUUCUUGAGAUCCACUUUAGAGCUCCUGCAUAAGGGAAACCCUUCAAGUAGUUGGCCUUCACCCACUGAACCAAGCUGCAAAACCGACACUCCAACAGCAAAAGAGAUCUGGGCCCAGCACAGGGCUCCGUGAAGUCUCUUAAUCUCUAAUCUUCUGCAGCUGAGACCUCCUACAAGCUGAAAGAAUGACUGGAAAUCUGACAUCCUUCUCACGAAAAAUGUAGUGUUUGUUCUCCCUGCAUUCCUAACUGGAGGAUAAAUUCCUGGGGGCUUGAAAGAGGGAAGGGAAGGGAACAUCUAAUGAGGGUGAGGUGUUUUAGAGAAGUUCCACUUGCCAAGGAAUGAACUCCUGUUGGUCAUGAGGCAACCCUGGCUGAAUCAGCAGAGAAAGCAUUGCAGUAAAGGAGAACAGAGCUCAUGUACGCACACUUCAACUCACUGACUCAUUCAGCCACAGUCCUAUGCUCAGGCCGUGCAGUUAGAAUCCUUUCCUACUGUUGCCAUAACAAAUUUCCACAAAAUUGGUGGAUGAAAACAAAAUGGCUUUUGAAUUAUCUUACAGUGCUGGAGCUCAAAGGAUGAAAUGCAUCUCACAGGGCUAAAAUCAAGGUGACAGCAAGGUUGCCUUCUCUCUGAAGGUUCCAGGCAAGAAUCUGCUUUCCACAUGUCCCAGUUUCUAGAGGCUCCCACGGUCCUUGGCUCCUGGUCCCCUUCUUCCUUCCUCAAAACCCACAAAGACUGGUCAUGUCUCACAUGGCAUCACUCAGACCCUUCUUCCUUGUCCACGCCUCUUUCUCUGAAUGUUCCUCUGCUUUCUUCCUCAUUUCUUAAGGACUUUGGGAUUUUAUUGGGUUCACCAGGAUAAUCUAUCAUCAUCUCCCUAAAAUCAUCCAGGAUACCCUCCUUUUCAGUUCAGCUGAUUAGCAACCGUAAUUCCAUCUGAAAUCUUCAUUCCUCUUUUCCACGUAUAAUCACAUAUUUACAAGGUAUGAAGGCUAGGACAUGGACAUUUUUGGGGUGGGGUGGAUUCUCCUGCCUUCCACAAAUAGUAAACAGGAUGCAUUUGGCCUGCUCUUGGGACACUGAUGUUGCAGAUGGGUAAACGAGAGGAAAGAAAAUGAAUGCACAAGUGGACCUAUAAAUGGCUGAUCCAUUGGGAAACAUCGGUGCAUGAAAUCGAUUUAUUUAUGGAUUUAUUAAUUAUGUAUUUAUUAAGACGGAGUCUCAUUCUAUCCCUGAGGCUGGAGUGCAGUGUCACGAUCUUGGCUCACUGCAAUCUCCGCCUCCUGGGUUCAAGUGAUUCUUCUGCCUCAGCCUCUCGAGUAGCUUGGAUACAGGCACCCGCCACCACACCUGGCUAACUCUUUUUGUAGAUUUUUGGUAGAGACGAUGUUUCACCAUGUGGCCCAGUCUAUCUCCAACUGCCAAUCUAAAUAAACUGACCACCUCAGCCUCCCAAAGUGCUCGGAUUAUAGGCGUGAACCACGGCACUCAGCCAGAAUUUAAACUAAAUAACAGAUAAUGCUGAGUGUAUGAUUUCAGGUCACAGAGAAGUUCUCACUGAUCAAAUAAUACUUGUGAUCUUAAUGAAAAAAAUAGUUUAACCCCUGGAAGACUGGCGGAAGGAUUUUCCACACACAAUUGUCAACCGUGAAGGCACGAAGGUGAAAACAAUCUUAGGUGGAAGGAAGAGGCUCUGCCUGAAACGCUGGGAAUGAGAUGGGGAGAAUUACAAGACCACUGGAGAGAGAGAAGAGCACACUGGGCACACAGGAAACUAAGGAGGACAAGGAGUGUGUGUUUAUACUCAUAGCCCUUGGAUUCACCACGGGGCUAACUAGGAAUCCCUACAUGACUAAUAGUGACUGACAUGAAAAUAAGGGAGGCUCAGGUGCAUAACUGGAAUCUAGGAGACUGUGGAAAAGGCAAUUCCCACCCACUGGUGAAAUGUGUUGCGUAUUUAGACACCAAAUGAAUGAAGUAGAUGGAUAGAAGAUGUGUAUGUGAGGUAGAAUAAUUCACAGGGAGGGCAUGCCUGGUUUGAUUUUUCCUAAUUGUUUAAUUUCUUUCUGAGAUUUAUUUUUCCUACAUGUAAAUCAAUACCUGGCAGAGGACUGAUUGAUACAUGAGGGGUGCUGCAAAGGAAGAGACUUAUUAUAAUGUAACAAGGAGGUUGUGAACAGUGGCUCACACCAGUAACCCAACAUUUUGGGAGGCUGACGCGGAUGGAUCCAUUGAGGUCAGGAGUUCAAGAACAGCCCAGACAACAUGGUCAAACCCAACUCUGCUAAAUAAACAAAAACUAGCUGGGUGUGGUGGCACAUGCCUGUAAUACCAGCUAUUCGGGAGGCUGAAGGAGGAGAAUGGCUUCCAUCCGGGAGGCAGAGGUUUCAGUGAGCCGAGAUCACGUCAUUGGGCUACACCAUGGGUGACAGAGUGAGACAGAAUGAGAACAAAAAAUAAAAAUACAAAACACAUAAAUGUAAUAUAACAUACACGAAUGACAAAGGCACUUCAAUCCCAAUUAUCAUUUUUCUAUUUCUCUAUAAUGACUUCUUUGAUCCUUUAUCUUAUCCAUUAGAAAAUCAGCCAAAAACCUCUUCCCUGUUUGCUUUCUGUGAGCUUGAGAUCAUAUGGAAAAUAUGAAAGGCCCCUGAACCCACCAGCACAAGUGCUGGAAUAGAGAAAGUGCUGUGUUCAUGGCAUAAAACUUGCCCCUUCACCCAAAUCCCCCACCUCACCCCUACUUCCUAUCACAUUAAGAGACGCAGAUAGACCGUGGGAAGGUAAAAACCAAUAUUCUUUGGAGCUCAGACCUUGGACUCAGAGAACAGCGCCAGCAAUAUCUCCUGGUCACCUUUUGUACGAAUUCACAGAAGGACAAGUUGUACCGAAGCAAUAGAUGAUGGAGGGGUUUGCCCUUCCCCCGGACUCUCAGGUAGAACAACAGCCUAAUAUAUGACUUCCAGGAUCACAAAAAGCAGCACGUUGUUCACGAGCCUCAUCAUUAUUUCCUGGCUGUUUGAUAUAUGACAUUUCUACUUCACUUUUUUGAUCUUGAUUUCACUUUAUGCCUUUUCUUGCUGAAUGCAAUGUGCUUGAGUCAAGAGGGUUGUGGCUGUAGACAUUGUAAAGCACAUUCACUGUGUAUCAAUCCCAGUCCAGUCUUCCCAGAGAAGACUCUAAACACCUCCUGUACUGCACCUGGGGCUAUGCCAAUUUCUAUCACUCACCGUCACUCCAGGGAGACAGAACACACAGAGAAUACGUGACAUAGGCAGGUUCACUACUAACAGAUAACCAGCAAGUGACAACAGAAGCCUACAUUUCAGUGUGAGCCAGUCCUCCAAGACUCAGAAAAGCUGCUCGAGACAUAUGGAGUCACCCCAUUUGCACUGCAGCUGGGGAAACCCAGAAAGCAGCCCAGCCUGGGUUUUGUACCCUGGAGCCACAGGAAGCACUGACCUCAACCACUGCAUGACGUCCUCCUCUGGGAAGAACAGGAAGACAGUCCAGCUGUUCUGGGACGUUCCUCCUGAGCUCAGGAUGUUGCUGUCUUAGUCCCUUUUUGAGGCUGUAAAAGAACACUUGAGCCUGGGUAACUUCUACAGAAAAGACAAUUGGUUGGCUCACGGUUCUGCAAGCUGCACAAGA